AUGGCCGCCAAAAGAUUAGUUGUUGCCGGUGGAAGUGGAUUUCUAGGGUCCCGAAUCUGUAAAUCUGCGGCGGCAAGGGGAUGGACAGUCACAUCAUUAAGUCGCUCGGGUGAGCCACGGUGGGACACAGUCACUGAUUCCAAGGAGCGUCCCAGCUGGGCAGGCUCCGUGGAAUGGGCCAAGGCCGAUAUCUUAAAGCCAGAGAGCUAUAAGUCGUAUUUGAACGGAGCUUCAGCUGUUGUUCACACAAUGGGCAUUCUACUGGAAGCAGACUACAAGGGUGUUGUGCAAGGGAGGGAGCCCAUCAUCGGUGGCCUCCAGCGAGCCUUUAGCUCGUCUAAGCUAGGAAGCCAGAACCUUCUGUCCAGAAAAGAGGGUGAGGCCCUCGAGCCGAAGGAGAGAGAUGGGCAGUUGACCUAUGAGCUGAUGAACCGAGACUCAGCCAUUGUACUAGCCCAGGAAUCCAGUAAUGAACAUGUCCCGACUUUCGUCUACAUCUCUGCUGCUGCUGGCGCACCGCUCCUGCCGGCCAGGUAUAUCACCACCAAGAGGGACGCAGAGGCAGCCAUCACAUCCACCCUCCCAGACCUGCGAAGCAUCUUCAUACGUCCGGGCUUCAUGUAUGACUCCAGCAGAAAAUUUACGCUGCCAAUCGCAAUGGGUGGUUUCGUCGCCUCGGAGUUCAACGCGUUCCUCCGGAAUAAGCUUGGGUUCCUCGGGUCGAUGGCAGAGAAACCACUCAAAGUUGAUGUUGUCAGCGAGGCGGUAGUCGAGGCAUUGGAGGAUGAGUCCACUAAGGGCGCCGUCGGAACAAAACAGAUUGAGGCACUUGCAACCAAGGCCUGGCGAAAGUCGAUGCUCUAG